AUGCCUUCCAAGAAGAAAGCCAACACUCAGGUUAAUGCCGCCAAACCGCAGCCGUUGCCCGCGACCACUUCUGCAAAAGAUGCGCCUGCACCAGUCCAACCCCUGCACAACUCGGGGCCUGCAAUGUCGUCAACGCCGUCGUUGAACAGCCAGCCUUCACAUGCGAAGUCAGACGCAGAUUUAAAGACCGGUGAUACCACUGAAUCGGCCGGAGAGCCUGCUCAUGCCACGGCGGUCAAUCGCAAGAAGCAAAAGAGACGGGAAAAAGAGGCUGCGAGACGUGCGGCGGAGAAGACGGACGUGCCGAUACCAAAUGGUCAUGCUCCCACGCCAGAAAGCAAACCGAAUGGACAACUGCCCCCAGUCAAACACGGCCGGGGUCCGGUAAAGGGUUACUUCACUGAAGAGCCCGACUAUCCAGACUCCACCGACCCUACUUACGCCGAUAUUGGGAGCCCGGAAGAAGCUUUUUAUAGUGGCGAUGAGGACCCCAACUACGGAGAGGGGGCGGAGGCAAUGCACGACAGCUCGUGGCUGAAUACCAGCAAGCGGAAGAAAUCCAAAACCACAAACGAGGCCCUAUCGAGAACUUCGACAAUGCUGUCUCGCUCCAACCUCCCACCUCUGUCGAACGCCGCGAUGCGCGCCUCUCAGAAACUUUCAAGCGACCACAUCUGGAAUACUUCGACUCAGGCCGAGCGGGAAAACAUCAAGCAGUUUUGGCUGGAGUUGGGCGAGGAUGAGCGACGAUCGUUGGUCAAGGUCGAGAAGGAAGCCGUCUUGCGCAAAAUGAAGGAACAACAGAAGCACUCUUGCAGUUGCUCCGUAUGUGGACGAAAACGUACUGCUAUCGAGGAGGAAUUGGAGGUGCUCUACGACGCCUACUACGAGGAACUCGAACAGUUUGCCAACCACAACUCGGAUCUUUCCAGCGUUCCUCAGAUGAUGGCCCCUCCCCGUCCUCUAUUCAAACAAAAGAUCCAUGGAUCACAUCGUUCACACCCCGGGCGACUUCCAAUUAACGAGAUCGAAGACGAUGAAGAGGACCUUGAGGACGACGACGAGUACGAUGAUGAAGACGACGAGGGAUAUAGCGACGAUGAGGGGGAGCUUGACGAUCACGGCCUGCGACCGGGGCCGCCCGACUUUUUCCAAUUCGGCAAUAGCCUGACUGUGAAGGAUGGUAUACUCACCGUUGCGGACGACCUGCUAAAGAAUGAUGGCAAACACUUCAUAGACAUGAUGGAGCAAUUGGCGGAGAGACGCAUGCAACGUGAGGAAGAUAUUCGCUACCAUUCCUCGUCAUUAGCUCAUCGAGAUAUUCAUCAAGGUCACAAUCAUCCUCCCAUAGACGAUGAUGAUGAUUAUGACGAUGAGGAAGAUGACGAGGACUACGACUCCCAAGAAGAGGACGAUUUCGAGGGGGACGACAUGGAUUCCAUGACUGAAGAACAGCGCAUGGAAGAAGGUCGACGGAUGUUCCAAAUUUUUGCUGCGCGAAUGUUCGAACAACGUGUCUUGACGGCCUAUCGAGAGAAGGUCGCCGCAGAACGACAGAGAAAGUUACUCGAAGAGCUAGACGAAGAGAGCCGACUCGACUCGCAGCGAGAAGCAAAGAAGGCCCGAGAAGCAGCCAAGCGGAAGGAGAAGAAGCGACUCCAGAAACAAGCGAAAGACGAGGAGAAAGCAAAGAAAGAGGCCGAGAAGGCUGCUCAGGAAGCAGCCGCGCGAGAGUUGGAAGAAAAGCGGCUAGAGGAACAGCGACUACGCCGCGAGGAGCAACGCAAAAAACGUGAGGCUGAAAAGAAGGCUGCAGAAGAGGAAAGACUCCGCAAGGAAGCCGAGAAGCAUCGUAAGCAACUCGAAGCACGCGAGCGACAGGCUGAACAAGAACGUAAGGCAAAGGAGGCCAAGGAGCGAGAACGACAGAGGCGUGAAGAGACGAAAAAGAAAGAACGCGAGGAGCGAGAAGCCAAGGAGAAGGAGGCCAAGGAGCGGAAGGUGAAGGAAGAGCGCGAGAGGAAAGCCAAGGAGGAGCAGUCACGAAAAGAGAAAGAGGUCUCUCUGAAAGUGGAAAGAGACGCCAGAGAGCGUGCUGCCCAUCAACAUCCGACAAAACAACAGCCUGUAGCGCUUCCCCCUGGCCUCCAGCCUCCUUCUCGCGGUCCGACCAUACAAUCUCCACACGUCUCUGUUGCGACACCGGUCAUCCCUCCCAAAGUCCCAACGCCUGUGCGGAAUCGACAGCCUUCGCAACCCGGCCAGCAUUCCCAUGGCUCGUCCCCGCGGUCACAGAAGGCUAGCACCGAGCUGUCCCGAAGCUCUGCUUCUCCAGCAACCGUCGCCAUGCCGCAAACACCAGCCCUUGGUCAGCCGGUGAAAGCACAAGGGCAUCCUCCGACACUUCAUCAUCCGCAGCCUUCUGCUCCGAGGUCGCCAUUAAGCAACCACGGGCGAGGGCAAUAUCCGUUCAAUAUGAAUGGAUUACCGGGUUUAGGAGUGAGUGGUCCGCCACCGAUGGCUGCUCCAGGGAUGAUGCCGACCAUGAUGCCUCCUAUGCACAUGUACCCAGGACCCCCCAUGGGCACCCAGCAGCGUUUCGCCCAGAACGGCAUGCAGUUUCCCCCGGGAUUUCCGAGAACUUUUCAACCAGGUCAACAAAUGCCCUUCUUGCCACAAGCUCCUAAUCAGGCGCCUCCUAUCGUCAAUCAACAGCCAGUGCCCAAGCCCCAGGUUCAUUCUAGACAACCAUCGGCUGAGCAGGCACCGAUAGGCCGACCUGGACUGGGUCCCAUUGCGCGACCGUCGAGUACAACCCCGGACAAGCAGAGACCGCAAAGAAAGACUCCGGACGUCGAUAUUGAUCAUCUGGCUACACAGCUGGGAAGCAAGGCGUUGUUGGAUGAUUCUGAUGCGCCGUUCUUGGAAAACUCAGAUUCUCGCAUGAGCCUUCCACCUGUCGGUCCGCCUGGAUCUGCGCGGAUACCAUUCGCGAGCAGCUUCCCUGACCACAAGCAGGAACCGUUUGGUAUGGGACACCCUGGUUGGGGCGGAUUCAACCCAAGCAUGGCUCCUACUCCCAGCUGGGGGCCCCCAGGCUCGCAACGUCCUAGCCCGGGUUGGGGUCCCCCACCAUUUGGAGCCAUUGGCGCUGGGCCUCAAACAAUCUCAAGGUCCCAUCUCCCACGCCCGAUCGCAGUGAGACUUAUGCUUGUCCAAGCUUGCCGUCAACUGUCACAAAGCCCAGUGGCAAGCGCCGAUGGGUAUCAUCCAGUGCAGAAUGUGCUCCGCCAGCUAGAGACGCUUAAAGCACCAGGCGAACCACCAGUCUCUAUGGACGAGAUGCUUGGAAUUUGCGAUACGGAGGGCAACUCACAGAAUGGCGGCGGAUCCUUUGAGGUUAUCAUUGACAAAAACAGAGGGCAAGUGAUUAAAUUCGUCGAGGAUGCCCCGAGCCAACAACCCAGGGGCAGCGUUGGUGAGAUAGGAAGUCCCUUGUUGGGUCACAGUCAACAUAUCCACCACACGAGUGCCUUGGGUGGCGUCGUCGGCCACCCAAACAGCUUUGGACCUCCCGGGAGGGGUUUCUAG